UGCAGUGCUAUUGGAAACAUUGCUAGCGAAACAGCUGAUGCGAUGUACGUAUCAAUCAUAUCAAUGGCGUCCAUGGCGGACUAAGCGUGUUGGCGUCGUAGGCGUUGCAGGUACGCAGCGGUUAGUAAAUGGUUAGUAGGCAAAGGUCAAAUAACAGUUCGAGAAAAGGCUGACUAGUUUCAAAGCUUGCAAUACGCCUUGACUACCUGUAAUUACAGAUUCCUGCCUUAACAUUAGAAACAAAGCCAGUCUCUAGAGGGGAAUUAACUGUUACCAAGAGGAGUGAUUUCCUGGCUUUACCAGUAGAACAGGUCUCAAUGAAUGCCUUGCACCACCACCUAAAGUUGUGUUACUUUAUUCCAUUUGAUUUAUAUCCAAAGGAAAAAUGGCUGUUCCAAGGACAAUGCGCCAUGGCAGCUUGUGUCAGAUUGAAAUAGACAUGAGCUUGAAACUAUCAAAUUAUGAGGAUACUGUCCGACAACUUGACAUUUACUAUGGACUGGUUAAGCGGCAACUUCUGAGGCACCAGAGUCCUAUCACAGGUAUGUUUCCUGUGUUGUCAACUGACAGAGAAGUGGCAAGUGUCCGGGAAAGUGUGUACUGUGCAGCUGCUAUCUGGAGCCUCCAUCAGGCGUACAGGCGAAUAGAUGAUGACCGGGGGAAGUCAUAUGAACUUGGUCAAUCUGCAGUGAAGUGUAUGAGAGGAAUUCUUGAAUGCUGGAUAAAGCAAGCUCCAAGAAUUGAAUUGUUCAAGAAAAAUCAGUGCAAUAAACAUGCUUUGCACUGCAAAUUCCACUUAACAACAGGUGCUGAAGUGUAUAAUGAUGAGGAAUACUACCACUUACAGAUAGACGUUGUGUCUUUGUACCUGAUCUUCUUAGUGCAGAUGAUCACUUCAGGCCUGCAGAUCGUUUAUACACAGGAUGAAGUAGCAUUCGUUCAGAACUUGGUGUACUAUGUGGAACGUGCAUAUCGUACACCAGACUAUGGCAUGUGGGAGCGGGGAAGCAAAUACAAUGACGGAACUCCUGAGAUACAUGCAAGUUCCAUCGGUAUGGCUAAAAGUGCUCUGGAAGCAAUAAAUGGAUGUAAUUUGUUUGGUGAGAAGGGAGCAUCAUGGUCGGUUAUCUAUGUUGACAUUGAUGCACAUAACCGCAAUCGAAGCAUCUUUGAAACCAUGUUACCAAGGGAAUCAAGUUCAAAGGGUGUGGAUGCCUCUUUGAUCCCAACAAUAUCAUUCCCUGCAUUUGCGACACAUGAGGAUGUCUUAUGUGUUGAAACAAAGGCAAAUGUUAUUCGUCGGCUGAAAGGUCGGUAUGGUUUCAAACGUUUCUGUCGUGAUGGCUAUAAAUGUAUGCUGGAGGACACAAAGAAGAGAUACUAUAGGAAUGGUGAAACAAAGGAAUUUGAAGGCAUUGAGUGUGAAUGGCCAUUAUUUUAUAUAUUCAUGAUAAUAGAUGGUGUAUUUAAGUCACAUCCAGAACAGAUUGAGGAGUACCAGAAUCUUCUUAAGUCUAAAAUCAAGAGAGAUAUGAAUGGAGACCCAGUGAUUCCAAUGUACUUUUUUGUACACGAAGACAAUAUAGAAUUUGAGAAACAGGAGAAUGGCAGCCAAAUGCGGUUACCUAGUGGUGAAGGCAGUGGUGUGAAGGGAAUGUUCCUAUGGAACCAGGCUAUGUUUGUUAUUUCCCAACUGCUGACAGCUGGGUUGUUACAUAUCAACGAGCUGGAUCCUAUACGUCGGUACUUGCCCUCUUACAACAGACCGCGUACUGCAGGACGAUACUCUGCAUUUCAGGCCAAACCUUCACUACAAGGGACUGCCACGGAUCUUGUAGUACAAAUAGUACUGAUUGCCGAAUCAAUGCGUCUCCAAGCAAUGAUGGCAACUUAUGGCAUUCAAACUCAAACCCCUCAUGAGGUGGAACCAGUACAGAUAUGGUCUUCAAGAGAGUUGGUCAAAGUUUACAAACAGCUCGGUGUUAACUCCAAACUUAAUUUGAAUGGAAGACCUGUUCGGCCUAUAGGAGCUCUUGGUACAAGCAAGGUGUAUCGAGUUUGUGGAAUGACUGUUUUGUGUUAUCCAUUGAUAUUUGAGGUGUCCGAGUUCUAUCUGUAUAGGGAUAUGGCAUUAUUGAUUGAUGACAUCAAAACUGAACUGCAGUUUGUUGGACGGUACUGGAGACUUUCUGGCCGACCAACAGUAUGUCUUCUUAUCCGAGAGGAACAUAUGAGAGAUCCACAAUUCAAGGAGAUGUUGGAUCUCUUAGCCAUGCUGAAAAAAGGCUAUUGUGAUGGAAUGAAAGUUCGAAUUGGACGACUACAGAAUCUUAUCUCAUCAUCUUGCAUUGAACAUUUGGACUUCAUGAACACAGUAGAUACAUCUGAGAUGACAUUUCAACAGUUUCGCCAACUGGAACAUGAAUACAUUGGCUAUCAGAGUCUUACAGAUGUCCCUAGAGCAUUACAGUACACUGAAGAUCCCAAGACAUUUCAGGCUCUGGAAAAUAAACCAUUACAUGAAUUAUUGGAUACAUUACGGAACACUGAAGGGGUAUAUGCCAGGUGCCAGUUAUAUGGAAUGCUUCUAAAGCGAGAAGGACUCAAGUACGAGUUUAAUGGCCUUACAGUUGAGGACCAUCUUAAGAACUUGUACCAUCAUGCAGGGUGCUUACGAUACUGGGUAGCUGUGCGGUAUUGCAGCAGCCUGCUUCAUCACACUGUGGAUAGCAUCAGCCCUUUUAUCACGACAGUUUUAGUCAAUGGAAAGCAGCUUACUGUGGGCGUGAUUGGACACCAAGAAACUGUGUUUGAUAAGCCUAUGACUCCAGCUGAGAUCCAGUCUGUCAUGUACUCUACCAUUCAGCCAUAUGAUAUUAUACAGGCUGUGCUGCAACAAGAGGUUGUACUUUAUUGUGGUCGUCUCAUUGCCACAAAUCCUGAAAUGUUCAAAGGAAUUCUCAAGAUAAGAGUAGGUUGGGUUUUGGAAGCCAUGAAACUCUAUCUCCAGAUGACAUCUGAUUCCAAACCUUUGGAGAGUCACAGUCCAUAUCAAGUGCGACAGCUGCUUCAUAAAGUGCUCUCUGUUAGGGAGUGGGCAACGCAGGAGAGCUUGACGCCAUUGCAGCGACGAAGGCUCGAAGGCUGUUUGUGUCGUGUUCCCAUUCACUUCUAUGUCCAGGUGUGGGAUGUCAUGUCCCGCACACCACAAGGGAUAACAGUACAGGGGAGCCACCUACCACAGCAUCCAACCCUGUCCAACAUGACACAGUCAGAACUGAAUUUUGCAUUACUGGUUGAAGAAAUGUUAAACCACAUCCAGAAGCCAGAAUACAGGCAAACUGUUGUAGAAUUGUUGUGUAUUGUUUCCACAAUACUGACCAGGAACCCUGAACUAACUUUCCAGAAUCAGCUGGACCUAGAUCAUCUGGUGAAAGAAGCCUUCCUGUUGUACUGUAAGGAUAACAAGACAGAGAAACUGGAUGACUUGACUCCAUUCUUCUCCACCCACUACUCCAUGACAACUGGCUACUUGGCGCGAGCAGUUGUUAACAACGUCCUGCAGGGUGGACAGUUGGCAACAGGUUCUGGCAGUGACAAUGACAUUGGUCAGGAAGAGCCAUGUAGAAUUUCAUAGCUGCAUAUUUACACUCACAUGCAGUGAAAUUGUAUCUAUACUGAAUUUUAUGCAAAUAAAAACUAGUCUGAUGUGUACAUUACAGUUGAUAGUGAAUCAUUAGAUUUGUUUGUUAAAAGUUGUUGAAGGAAAUAAAGCCAAUGAAUAUAACAGAAA